AGCACGUGUGAAUCGCGAUCACGGUCUACUGUUGCGUUUUCUUAUUACGCCUGAAAUGUAGAGCAACAGUAACAGCAACGAAACAUACGAAAACAUCUUUUACCGCAGCGUGUAGCAAAUAACCGCAUUACAUACCUUUGUCUUCGGGUGAAAAUAAGCAUUUCUUGUUUUACGGGCAAGCAUGGCGAACAAUUUUGAGGACAUAUGCGAAAUACGAAAAAGUGAUCAGUUAGGCAGGUUUCUGGUCGCCAAUCGGGAUAUUAAACCAGGUGAGCUUAUAUUGGCCGAAGAUCCAAUUGUUGUAGGACCCUAUUGGGAUGCUGAUAUCAGCUGCCUGGGAUGCCUUGGGCCUGCGUCGAGAACAUGCAAAGUGUGUUUAAAGGGGCCGCUAUGCCGCGACUGUUCGCGACACGAUCCAGUGGAGUGUCAUUUUUAUGAACAAGCCUCAAAAUUGAACAAAAACUUUCUCUUCGAUCACUUCAAUAUCAUUACUCCACUUCGUUGUCUCCUGCUGUAUCGUAGUGAUCGAGACAAGUAUAACGAGAUGAUGGCCAUGGAAUCGCAUUUUGAAAGUCGCAGGGAUACAGAAAUUUGGCACAUCCACAAUCAGUACGUGGUUGAGCCGAUGUUGAAUGAAAAGGAUUUCCAACAGAUCGACGAUCUCACAGUAACUGGAGAACUAUUGCAGCGUAUAUGUGGCAUUUUGGAUGUAAAUACGUUUGAGAUACGCGGAAAUAUGGACAGCCAGGGAGUGCAGAUGAAUAAUUUAGCUCGAGGGCUGUAUCCGAAAACAUCACUCAUGACACACAAUUGCCAAACGAACACAUUGAUUGCUGUCGAUGGAAUGUCUAAGCUACGAUUAUAUUCGUCCAUCGGCAUCAAAGCAGGGGAAUUGUUAUGUUAUAACUACACUCGGGUAUUAUUUAGCACAUUUGAAAGACAAACGCAUCUUAGAAAAGGAAAAUACUUUAUAUGUAACUGUGCACGCUGCAGCGAUCCAACCGAAUUGGGCACCCAUUUAAGCUCACUGAAAUGUACGGCAUGUGACGAUGGGUUAUGUGUUUUCCAUCCAGAAACACCAAAAUGGGAAUGUCUUACAUGUGGACAUAAACUGCCUAGGGAGUAUGUCAAUCAGAUCAUGUGCGAGGCCAGAGACGAUAUUUCCAGUUGUGCUCUUGAUAGUCGUAACCUGGAGAAAGUAAUAGGAAAACAUUCAAAAACACUCAAUCCAUACCAUUCUCUUGUAUUAGAAGCAAAGCAAAGCCUUGCCGGUGAGCUACGGAACAUGUGCAUGUCUUAUGAUAUACACAACGUACCUCGUCAAGCCUUGAAACGCAAGCUGGAACUAUGCGAAGAGAUGCUGCAAAUAUUACGCGUACUGGAUCCGGGUGUAUCGAGAUUAACGGGGAUUGCUUUGUAUGAAUAUCAUGCAGCAUUAGUUGAUUUAUCACGCCGCAACCACGACAUAGGAGAGAUCAAAACUCCUGAACUGCUGGAACGCCUGAAACUGUCAGAAGCUGCUUUAAAGGAAGCUAUAGGUAUGUUAGUAUUUGAGCAUCGUACGACGCCAGAAGGUCAACUAACAAAAAAGGCCAUGUGUGAGCUAAAAGAACUUCGCGAAUAUAUACAAAAAGUACAAGCCAUGCAAGAAGACGAACGUACGGAUCGGCAAGUUAGAGGAAAAUGUAACAUUAAUGCAGGAAAGUGUAAGAAAUAA